AUGCGUGAAAUUAUAAAAAGUCUAAUAGAUAUAUCAAUUUUAUAUUUCCAAAAUCUCAUAAAAGUAAUUCCUAUAUAAGGAAACAAUAUAUUUCCUUAAAACUGGUAUUCACCCUGUUUAAAUGUAUAAGUCCCUUUAAAAGAUUAAACACUAGGAGUCCCGAAUUCUGACCUACAUCUCUAUAUAACAUAUAUAGACAAUCCUUAUUCCUCCGUAUUAUCAAGUGCUUCAUUUUGUGCAGUAGAUCCUAUUUUAAAGAGACCUACCUUCGGUAGAAUAUAAUACAAUAUCGGCAUAUUGAUCUCUUAAAUUUCCAGCAAUGAAAAAUUUGAGAACCGAGUAGAAACUACAAUUCACGAAAUGUUACAUGUCCUCGGUUUUUCCCAAUUCAGCAUGCCCUACUGGAUCGAUCCUUCCACUAAAAGUUUCUACGGUUAGACUUUUCGUGAUAAAAUCUUAACUUAGCGUACUAUCAGAAACCUCACUACAGAUAUUUUAUAUUCACAAAACGUUCUCUAGACAACCCGUAAAUAUUACGAUUGUGAAAAUCUAGAAGGUAUGUAAUUAGAGAAUUAAGGGGGAUAAGGUUCUGUAGGCUCACAUUGGGAAAGGACAAUUUUAUUAAAUGAAAUUAUGACUGCAGAGAGUAUUCCCACUUAAGCUCCUCUUUCUAUUUUUACUAUAGCUUUGUUAAAAGAUACUGGUUUCUAUUAGGAUGUCAAUGAAAAUUUCUCUUCUAAAAUAAAAUGGGGGAAAGGAAGAGGAUGCGAUUUCUUUUAAUCCGCGUGUAAAAGUUAAACAGUUUAAUACCAAGAAUUUGUAGAAAGUUAAUAGCCUAAAGGAUGCUCUUAUGAGAAUGAUGGAUAUGGGACUGGAGUGAAUACUUUAACAACUGAUGGUUGUUAUUUUAUGAUUUCUUAUUCCAAUAAAAUAUGUAAUUCUGCCGAAAAUAACAACUUAUCCAGUAAUAAAUAUAUGAAUGAAAGAUUAGAGACAUUCGGAGCUGAUUCCAGAUGUUUAAACUCAACACUUUCAUUUAGUAAUUAUAUUUUUAAUGAUAGUAAUAGAUGUCAUUAGAUUAAAUGUGCAGAAGAUUUAUCAUCUAUAGCUAUUUUUUUAAACUAAAUAAAUAAAUAAAUAACCUGUACAAAAGAAAACGCUUUACUUAAUAUAUAAACUGACUAAGGAAUUUACAUAGGAACUAUUACAUGCCCUUAAAACUUUAAAUAAUUUUGUAAUUAUGAACCUGUAUGUAAAAAUGCCUGUAAUAAAAAAGGAAUUUGUAUAAAAGGACAAUGUAUGUGCCUAUAAGGUUAUGCAAAUGAAGACUGCUCAAUUUAAUGUCCAAAGUAUAGCGAAAAUGGGCUUUGUGUAGAUUUUUGCACUUAUGCAAGCACAUAAACUUAAUAAUGUAUUCAAUGUAAUAUUUUAGGCUGUCUAUAAUGCUAAAGCGAAAUCACAUGCACUCAAUGUGCUUAAAAUUACCGAUUAGUAGGAAACACAUGUACUUUAUGUAUAUAUCCAUGCCUCACAUGUUUAACUUCAAAUUCAACUCAAUGUCUAUCUUGCUAGAAUACUCUUUAGGUUUUAUACAACUAUUCCUGUUUGAAUGAUUGCCCGGUAGGAACUUACCUUGAUUUAUAAACUAGAGUGUGCAACAGAUGUGUACUUGAAGGUUGUUUGGAAUGUUCGAGUUUUUCCACAUGCACUAAAUGUGAUGCUUAUAAUAAUUAUAUUCUAGAAACUGGAAAAUGCAUAAGAAGUUCAUGUGACACACCUUGUAUUACUUGCCUUUCUACUAAUAAAUCUUCAUGUAAUUCUUGUAUGAAUGGAAUGUAUUUAUUUUUUGGAAGUUGCUAUGUUAGUUGUCCAUUGGAAACUUACCCAGUUUUAUCAACUAAAACUUGCAAAUGGUGUUAAUAUGGAUGCUUGAAAUGUACAAAUGAUAAUACUUGUUAUCUGUGUGAUAGUCGUAAUGGAUAUUAGCUAUUCGGUAGUAUUUGUGUGACAGCAUAUGUUUGUUAUUCACCUUGUAGAACUUGUAAAUCUUUUUAACCUGAUUUUUGUUUGAGUUGUUAAACGGGAUAUUAUUUAUAUGAAAAUAAAUGUUAUACUUAUUGCCCAAAUAAUGGAAGUAAACCUACUAGUGGUAUUUGUUGA